GGCAGAGCCCGCUGCGCGCCUCUCCCCUCGGCCCCACGGCCCGCGCCGGCCCUGCCCCAGCCUGGGGCACCCGCGCGGCCCUGGCCGCAGCUGGGCGCCCGCGCCUCUCGGACGGCCGCGGGACUCGGGUCUCUGGAGAGUCAGCCCGAGGUCUCCUGAUAAGCUUCCUAAAGAAAUCUUUCCAGAAGCAGUGUGAGGAAGACAGAAACCGCCCCCCUCCCUGGACUGGCCAAGCCACCUGCCCAGCGCAGCUACCACCAUGCCCAAGAGAAAGGCAAAAGGCGAUGCUAAAGGGGACAAAGGGAAGGUGAAGGAUGAGCCACAGAGGAGAUCGGCACGCUUGUCUGCUAAACCGGCUCCUCCAAAACCAGAACCCCGGCCCAAAAAGGCCCCUGCGAAGAAAGGAGAGAAGCUGCCCAAAGGGAGAAAGGGGAAAGCGGAUGGUGGCAAGGAGGGGAACAACGCUGCAAAGAACCUAGAUGCUUCCACAGUCCAGCCACAGAAAGCAGAAGGCAGUGGGGAUGCCAAGUGAAGUGUACUCUUUUUGAUAGCUCUGUACUUCUAGAGACUCUACUGUUCGAAAUACUAUUUUUCUUUAAUCAAGUUUUAUAAAAAUGUAGAAUUUGGGUUUUGUUUUUUUUCUCCCCCAAACUUAUGUUGUUAGCAUACAAGACACAUUGUUGUUUUUUUGUGGUAAGUGCAAAUACCACUAAUAGAAUGUCUCAGAAGCUGGACUGAAAUGGGGAAGAUGGGAUCUUCUUUCCUUGUUUUUGAAGAUUAUUCUUGGCUCCCAGGAGAGAUUCUCUGACAUUCACACAUGUCAGCCACUUUGGCUUAGAAGCCUUACAGCAUAGAGAAGCAAAACUUCAUGUCUUCUUUCCUGAUGCCAUCAGCAUAUACUUGACUUCCUGAAAUAGUUGUGAUGUGGCCUUGGCCCCCCUAAAAUCCUGUGUCGGGUAUCAAUACCCAGGCUUUCUGUUGAUAACAUCAAGAUGGUGUAGCUCUAAAGAGCCAAGAUUCCUGUUUGUAGUUGCUGGAUCAUCCCAUUGAUAAUCUUAAGAGUUUUUAGUUCCUUUCUUCCAUGUCCGAGUUGACCUGUGAAAAGAUCUUACAUGCCUCUUGUGAGACACCCACCCCUUCUGAGAACUCCGCCUUUUCAAAACAGCAACAGAAGACUGUUGACUUUUGGGGAAGGGGAGUUUGAAAGUUGUAAAACGUUAUGGAUUGUCAACUAUGUCCUCCUGGAAGUAACUGGUUUUGAAAAGUAUCUGAUAAAGCUGAAUACAAAUUAGCUUAGCGGUAGGGGGAUCAU